GUCAAACAGUGUUUAUUUACGUUUUGGUGGCCUCCGUUGGCAAAUCGUGAAUCGCUCCAAUCAAAUUCCAAUCGUUUAGUUAUUUAUUCUUUAAUUUAGAGAGAUAUAUCGUAAUCAAUUAGCUGUAGUUGCUGUUUUAAUACCAUACAAUGUCCGAGCGUAAAGUUUUAAAUAAAUACUAUCCACCGGAUUUCGAUCCGUCGAAAAUCCCCCGGGUCAAGCUCCCGAAAAACCGUCAGUACACGGUCCGGCUGAUGGCCCCUUUUAACAUGCGCUGCGUAACGUGCGGAGAGUACAUUUACAAGGGCAAAAAGUUCAACGCCCGGAAGGAAGAUGUGGAGAACGAGGACUAUCUCGGGAUCCGGAUCUAUCGGUUCUACAUCAAGUGCACCCGGUGCCUGCAGGAAAUAUCCUUCAAAACGGAUCCUCGCAAUACGGAUUACGAAAUUGAAGCCGGUGCGACGAGGAACUUUAUGGCACUGAAACUGGCCGAAGAGCAAGCCCGUCGUGAGGAGGAGGAAGCAAGGGAAGAGGAGGCCACCAAUCCGAUGAAGUUGCUGGAGAACCGUACGCAGCAGUCGAGGAAUGAAAUUGAGCUGCUGGAAUCGCUGGAGGAGCUGCGGGAUUUGAAUCGGAGGCAGCAGGAUGUGGAUUAUGACCGGAUGCUGCAGCAGUACGAUCCGACGGAGUCGAUUCGGGAGCGUGAGGAACGGCUGGAGCGAUUGGACGAGGAAUACAUCAAAACGAUUAAGUUCCGCUCCCAGACGUCGUCUGCCUGCGCUGGUAGCAGCACCGGGCUGAAACGUGUUGCCGCCGAGGAAAUCAUCGAAGAAAUCAAACAGGAACAACCGGAUCAAGGGCCCACCGACGACAACGACACCACCAUCACCAUUGGGGAAUCAACAGCUUCCAGCAUGGCGACGGCGGUCAGUUCAGUGCCGGCCAUCGGGGGAGGCAAGAUGAAAAAGUUGGACACCACCAACAGCUACAGCAUCGGUGUGCGGAAAAGUUCACUGAGCAAUUUGGUCGUCAAGAAGAAACAACCUACGACGACGAUGACGACCCCUGCGGUUAGUGUUGCUUCCACCGGUGGCGGUGAACCGAGCAAAACGGAACCGGUGUCCGCAAAAACCACGACGGCGACGACGACGAUGACGGUAGCUAGUAGUAGCAGUAGUAGUACUGUUAAUGUGGCUUCAGCUGCCGUUGCCACCACUGUCAACUCGGCCGGCUCGGCGGUCAGUGGACUAGGUCUCUUGGGGGCUUAUUCCGACAGCGACAACUCGUCCGAUGGGAAUGAAUGAUAGCUAUAUGUUGGGGUUCUUGAUAGAAAUAAAUUAUUGUAAGAUUGAUCUUGUAGCACA